AUGUCAACCGCUACCAAAAGACCGCCGCCCCCAGGAGUCGUUGCGCGAAGUCCUUCGCGGGCAUCAGCGACCUCGGCAUCUUCUGCCAACGGCGUUAUACCACGAAAGCAGUCCGUUCAUGGGACGACCGGCAAUCAUGUCUCUGCUAGAGCAGCCGUAAAGAAACCCUCCCCCAGUUCAAGCGUCGCCCACAUUCCACAUCCAUCGCCGGACGAUGACGAGGAAGACGCCCGCGCGGCAACGGCAGCAUUAAUGGAGGAUCUCAGGGAGCGAUUGAAGAAGGCAGAGCUCGCAUCUGAAGAGUAUCAGAAGCAGAUUGGAGUCUUUCAGUCCCGGCUAGAUGAUGCCAUCGGCGAGCAAGCCAAGCUCGAAGAGCGGCUACAUGAGGAGGAGGAGCGGGCGGAGGGCUUGCAGAACGAGCAGCGAGAAUCUUUGAGACAACGGCGGGAGCUUGAGGGCAUAUACGAGGCUGAAAGAGCGGCGUCCAUGAAAGACAAGGAGAGCGCGCAGACUCGGGAAGAGGAGUUGCAUGGGAUCAUACAGCGGCUGAAAGAGGGCAUGGCGGAAAGGGAGACGCGGACAGGGGUAAAUGACGAGAGGCGUUUGUCAAGGCAUUCAAGCUUUCAGAGCCCCGUUCGUAGCAGCUCCUCAUCAAGCCUGGAACCCAGCCAUUUCGCUCCGCCAGCGUCAUUACAGCGCAGCAACUCGACGAACAACUCGAAGCUGAUACUGCAGAAAGAUAAGGUUAUAGAGUCACUGCGUCUCGAGCUCGCCGAAGCGCAGAUAAAGCUAGUAGAGAUGGAGAACAUGGGCGGUGGCCGCAUGCGGGAACUUGAGAAGAUCGUGCUAGAAACACGCAUGACGAAUGCCCGGUUGAUGGAAGAAAACGAGAGCUUCCAGCUACUGCUCAGCGAAAAGACGUUAAACGGUGACUUUACAAGAGGAGACUUCAUACGCGGCACAUCUCGAGGAUCCGACUCGCGCCCAGCAUCACGUAUAGGGCCGGGUGCCAGUCUAGCCGACGAGUUAUCAACCGUAGCGGAAACCGACAUGGAAAACCAGCGCCGUCUCGAGAACGAGCUCAACGCGCUCAAGGAGCAAAACAAGGCCCUCAGCACAUACAUCAACAAGAUCAUCGGCCGGCUACUGCAAUACCAAGGCUACGAGGCCAUUCUCGACAAGUCAGAUGAUCCGGUCACAGACAGACAACCGGCGCCAGACACCGGCAAAGCCCUCCCGCCCCCACCCCCAACCGCCCCGUCCCUCCUCGAGCGCGCAAAGUCCGUCGCCACAGGCGUCAACAAACCACGCCCUCGACCCGUCAGCUAUAUGCCCCCGCCCUCCUACCCCGCGUCCGCCAUGUCCGCGUCCGAAGCGCCCACCACAACCACCGACGCGGCAACUGCCCCCCGCGUCCCCCUCCAACGCUCCCGCUCGCACCGCCUGGGCGGCCACCAGCGCGCAGACUCCGAGUUCGUGAGUUCCGCCGCCAUGGUGAUCAACAACAUGUACCGGCCCACGCCCUCCACGACGCCCGUGCCCGGCCCGACAAGCCCCGGCAUCGUCUCGCCGCGGAACUCGUUCUUCGGGCCGAACGCCGCGGCCGCGGCGCGCAUCCCGUCCGGCGCCAGCGCGAGCAGCGCAAGCAACGCCCGCUCCAGCAGCGUGCCCCGCGCUUCCGCCGACGAGAAGAGGAUGUCUAUGGCUAGCAACAGCGCGCUUGAUUCGGUGAGCAACAGCAACAGCGACAGCGGCAUAGGGAUCGAUACCCCCUCGCCGCCGCGCAGUCUCGCCAGCUCGUUCGACCGGCCCGGCGGCGCGGUCAUGGCGGGGAAGACGAUCAGGCCGCUCAGGCUUGUGCAGGAGAAGUCGGAGGGUGAUGCGGCGGAGGCGGCGGCGAGGGCGAAGGCGAACAGGGCGAGUUGGAUCAGUGGAUGGUUUAGCAAGGGGGAGAAGGGUGUUAGUGAGGGGGGCCCGCAGUGA